AUGUCUAACUCCUGGGAAGGUACCCAGUUCUGGUGCCUUCUUGACAUUGUGCCCAUCAAGAAUGAGAAGGGGGAGGUGGUGCUGUUCCUGGUGUCCCACAAGGACAUCACCGAAAACAAGAAGGACCAGGACCCUGAGCUGGGGGGUGAAACAGACGAGGAGACGGGCCUGAAGGUGCACCAGGUGACACGGCCCCCGGGGUUCAAUGCUAACCGGCGGCGCAGCCGCGCGGUGCUCUACCACCUGUCCGGACACCUGCAGAAACAAGACAAGAGCAAGCUGAAGCUCAACAACAACAUGUUUGGCGACAAGCCGCCCAUCCCAGAGUACAAGGUCGCCGCCAUCCAGAAGUCCCGCUUCAUCCUGCUCCACUACGGCACCUUCAAAGCCGGCUGGGAUUGGCUGAUCCUGCUGGCCACCUUCUACGUGGCGGUGACCGUGCCCUAUAACGUGUGCUUCACCGUGGUGGGGGGGCGGGACGAGGGCAGCGGGGGCGGCUCGCGGAGCCCUCCCAGUGUCAGCGACAUCCUGGUGGAGAUCCUCUUCAUGCUCGACAUCCUGCUGAACUUCCGGACCACCUUUGUCAGCACGUCGGGCCAGGUGGUGUACGACGCCCGCUCCAUCUGCGUCCACUACGUCACCACCUGGCUCUUUGUUGACCUCAUCGCUGCCCUGCCCUUUGACCUUCUCUACGCCUUCAACGUCAGUGUGUACUUUGGCGUUCACCUGCUGAAGACGGUGAGGCUGCUGCGGCUGCUGAGGCUGCUGCAGAAGCUGGAGCGCUACUCGCAGUACAGCGCUGUGGUGCUCACCCUGCUCAUGUCCAUGUUCGCCCUGCUGGCCCACUGGAUGGCCUGCGUCUGGUACUUCAUCGGCCGCAGAGAGAUCGACGGCUCCACGUCCUGGGAUAUCGGCUGGCUGCAUGAGCUGGCCAAGCGCCUGGGCACACCCUACUUCCUGUCCCCGCCCUCCUCGCUGGACCACAACUCGCUGUCCACGGCGGCCGUCUCCGGCCUCCCGGCCAAUGACAGCGGCCGCUGGAAUGCGUCGGCGGCCUCCGUGGUGGCCUCAGGGUGGGACAACUGGAACGGGAGCCUUCCCGGGGGCGUGGCUGAGACGGUCACCACUGUGAUGGGGACGAGCGGGGCGGUCGGCGCCGACGGCGGCGGGGGCGGGGGCGGUCCCGGACUAGGCGGGGGGCCGUCCAUGCGCAGCAGCUAUGUGACGUCGCUGUACUUCGCCCUGAGCAGUCUGACCAGCGUGGGUUUCGGCAACGUGUCGGCCAACACCGACUCUGAGAAGAUCUUCUCCAUCUGCACCAUGCUCAUCGGAGCCCUGAUGCAUGCGGUGGUGUUCGGUAACGUCACGGCCAUCAUCCAGAGGAUGUACUCGCGGCGCUCGCUGUACCACACGCGCACCAAGGACCUGAAGGACUUCAUCCGCGUGCACCGGCUGCCCAAAGCCCUGGAGCAACGCAUGCUGGAGUGCUUCCAGACCACCUGGUCCGUGAACAAUGGGAUCGACGUCAACGAGCUCCUGAAGGACUUUCCCGACGAGCUGCGGGCCGACAUCGCCAUGCACCUAAACAAGGAGCUGCUGCAGCUGACGCUGUUCGAGUCGGCCAGCAGGGGGUGCCUGCGCUCGCUCUCCCUCAUCAUCAAGACCUCCUUCUGCGCCCCGGGGGAGUUCCUCAUCCGGCAGGGGGACGCGCUGCAGGCCAUCUACUUCGUCUGCUCGGGCUCCAUGGAAGUCCUGAAGGACAACACUGUGCUGGCCAUACUGGGUAGGUGCAAGAGCAGUGCAUUGUGGGUAGCUCCGCCGCACUAUAUGAGCGAGUACGCCCGGGGAUAAUGCGAUAUUGGAUCUGAUACGUCGCAUCGGAUUCUUCUUUUUUUUUGUAAUUCAAAUAACGAGGAGGACAAUGGGAUGGAAGGAGAAGAAAUGAUUACUGAAAUACCUCGAAUUCAAUGUAACAGCAAAGGCUAAUGGAAUAGGAGCCGGAGAAACUGCAGGACUCUAUAAUGUGGGCCUUUUCCCAAUGACAUCGAUAAGGAGGGCCGCAAUAGGGGAACCGUCUGCUUGGCUGGUUCGCUAAGACCCCAGGUUAAUUGUUGACACAGACUUGGCGACUGAGAGGCGCACAGCGAGGAUUCUGAUCGAAGAUAGGGGCUGUGUGCUAGGCAACCUACUGAGCACAGGGGAAUCUGCAAUUCUCUUAUUUCACAGUGUCUGACUCAGAGACCGACGAGUUUUAAAACAGGAGCAUUUGAUGGACCCAUGCCACCGUACCUGAAUUGAAUUUAAUUCAAAUCAGAUGGGCUGAGAGGGAUUAUAUUCAGGCAUGAGGGCAGCAGAACAUACAUAUAUUAUGUCAUCUCUGAAAUGUUGUUCUGCUCUGAGAAGUACGUGCUUACUUGUGUGGAAUGAAACAAAACACACAUAGACAACGUCAAGACUUAACCUGGGGUCUUAGCAAACCGGCAAAUUCCAUUAACAGUGAUGAUAAGGCACUUUGCCUAGAUGGACUACGAAACGGGCGAGAGUCAGGAAGGGGCGUCUGCUCUCCAUCUGAACACGACUCUUAGAUGACCCAGAUGCAUAAUUCACAGAUUGGUAAUGCCGUUCAGAGGGAAACUGGCGGAACACAUAUGAUGUAUGGAGACAGUAGUUCAAACAGAGUGGGGGCUGAUAAUGGGAAUGGAGAGUUGACAUAGAUAAAAAAAGAGUGCAGUGCAGGGACCAGAGUCAAGCUAAUUUCACAGUGCACAGUUCACAGAGUUCUCCUCAGGACAGACCGUGGAU